AUGAGCACUCAAACGUUUACACAUUGUUACGGCCCUAUCAAAGGCGAGGAUGCGAGAUCCAUUGACCUGUAUCUUCCCGCUCAAGCAAGCAAGAGCUCUCCCCUGAUUGUAUUCAUUCAUGGUGGUGCUUGGCGAACAGAAGACAAGGCGGAUUAUAAGCAGCUCUGUACUGGUUUCAGUGAAUUGGGAUAUGCAUGUGCCUCAGUGAAUUACAGGUAA